CGGUGUGGGCGGGGCCGGCGCAGUCGCCGGCGGAGCGCGGUCGGUAACGGUUCGCUGCCCGGGCCUUGGAGCGGGUCUCUGCGGCCCUGCUGAGGGUGGAACUCUGGGGGGCGGCCUUAGGGCUGCUCUCGUCGCGGUUCUAGCCCACCCGGUGCUUGUUUUCCUCUCAGAACCGCUGUGAGAAAUGUCUCAGCGGAAGCGCAGCAAAGGGCUCGGCAGCUCUCAGCUGACCGGCGGGGAGGAUGAUUUCAUCCCGACCCAGGUGGAGCGGCGCUCCCAGGACCAGGUGAACCAGAAGGUGAGUGAGCUGGUGCAGUUCCUGCUUGUGAAGGACCAGAAGAAGAUUCCUAUCAAGAGGGCAGACAUGCUGAAGAAUAUAAUCCGGGAAUACAGGGAUGCCUACUCGGAAAUCGUCAAGAGAGCCGACAGGACCCUGCAGGCGGUGUUCGGGCUGCAGCUGGUGGAGAUCGACACCAAACGCCACAUUUACAUCCUCAUCAAUAACCUGCCCCCUGUGCAGGUGAUGGGUGUGUGCCUCAGGGACAAGGAGAAGGAGAAGAUGGGGCUCCUCUUAGUCAUCCUCAGCUUCAUCUUCAUGAAGGGCAACUCAGUCAAAGACAGUGCUCUGUGGGAAUUCCUGCACCUGCUCCGUGUGUACCCAGGGAAGCAGCACAGCGUGUUCGGGGACGUCCGGAAGCUGGUGACAGAGGAGUUUGUGCGGCAGAAGUACCUGGAGACCACCGCCAUCCCCCUGACGGACCCCCCCGAAUUCAAGUACCAGUGGGGGCCACGGGCAGAAAAGGAAACCUCCAAGAAGGACGUGCUGAACUUCGUGGCCAAGGUGAGAGCAAGGACCCCCACAUUUUGGGCGAGCCAGUACAGUGAGGCCGAAGCAAACAAAGCCACCACCUGA